AUUGCACCAGAUGAUGCUUAUUUCCACGUUAGUAAAACUUAUAAUGUACCCCUUAUGAUCCUGAUAAAGGCAUGUAGCACUCAUUCGUCCCACCGUUAAAAAAACAUCAACCUUCGCAAGUAAACUCAUACUCUCUCUGUCUUCUUUGUAUGACCUCGCCUGAUGACUCACUCACUGAUCCUCACUGAUGAUGCUGAUGAUUAUGAUGAUUGAUAGUAAACGUUCUCUCGGAUUACUGAUAAAUGUCCAAUUUGAUAUCCCCGUUCAUGAUUGCGAAUAUGGGCAAUUCGCUUGGAGAUUAUGUAGGGAUCAUUAAGUGAUCCGUGGUAAUGACCGAUAAGGACAGCACUUGGCUUUGUAAACGAUGCUGCUAUUGGGAUGAUGGAGGUCAUUGAGAUCAUUGAGAUAAUGGAAGUCAGCUGACGUUGGCGUAUGUCAACAUAUGAUACCAAAAGGAAUAUAGUGGAGGGGUAGUAGUGUAUUUGUGAGGAUGAGGGCGUAUUAGCCCAUGCAGUAAACUACAUGAAAGCUCAAGAAGAAUAAGGAAUGAAGGCAAGAUGACAGUAACAGAAUGCACUCAGUAUUAAACCGAAUCAGUAUAUUCAGUUUGUUUUAAUUACAUUAUGUAGGUUUACAAUUUAUAGGUUAGAGACCACAGAACACUGGAAGAUAUUCAGUGGUAAAUGUCAUUUAUAGAAAGAAUGUUACGUAAAUUAGCUGGUUGCAGCCAACACCAUGGUUAUGUGGUCAUUGGGGAAGAAAACUGCCAAGAAAUUGCAUGUGAAGAAAGACUAACAUGUUAUGGGUACAAGAAGAACUGCUGUAAAGGGUUCAUAUUCCAUCUGUUUGCAGUCCUCUUUGCUGGCAUACCAUAUAUGUUUCUGCACUGGUACUGCCAGUAUGCAACUUACACAAAAUAUUCGAAAUGUUCAUUGGAAGAGGCGCAAAUAUUACUAAUCCAGGAUUCUCAUGGGCAGUAUUCUGUAGAGAAAAUAUUUACAUCAGUAUGCAGUUGGCCUGGAUCGGGACAAGUGAGACAGAUACGUUAUUUCCACCAUCACCUGCUCAAAUUUAUCUGGGAUGAUGGAAUAAAGGGCUUUACAAGACUACGUGGCCAUGAUAAUGGCAUGGUAAGCCUAUCCCACCUUCAUGCAUCACAUGGGCUCACAGAAAAUGAACAAGGACAAAUGAUCCAGUUAUAUGGAGAAAAUGUGAUCACAAUCAAUGUGAAAUCUUACGGGCGACUGUUUAUUGAGGAGGUGUUCAAUCCAUUCUAUAUAUUUCAAGUAUUCAGUGUGAUAUUAUGGUCCCUUGAUGAUUAUUUCUACUAUGCGGGUUGCAUUGUAUUCUUGACUACAGUGUCAGUUGUCACUUCUCUUUUCCAGACUCGAAAGCAAAGUGAGGCACUGAGAGAUUUAGUUGCUGCUUCAAAUGCUGCGACAGUUACUGUCUGUCGAAGAGGCAUAGGUUGUGAGGACAUUUCUGCAAGUAGCCUAGUUCCUGGAGAUGUGAUUGUGAUUCCACCACAUGGCUGCAUCAUGGCUUGUGAUGCAGUGCUGCUGAGCGGUAACUGCAUUGUAAAUGAGAGCAUGCUUACAGGUGAAAGUGUGCCAGUUACAAAGACUGCUCCUUCUCAUUCAGAUGAAUUGUAUGAUCCUGUUGGACACAAGAAGCAUACCCUUUUCAGUGGAACUCAGGUCAUCCAAACAAGGUUUUAUGGGAAUGACAAGGUGAUGGCUGUGGUUGUGCGAACAGGUUUUUCAACAGCAAAAGGGGAAAUGGUUCGGUCCAUUCUGUUCCCAAAGCCAAUGUCUGAAUUUAAAUUCUACCAAGAUGCUGUCCGAUUUGUCAUUUUCCUGUUUUUCACUGCAGCACUGGGUAUGGCUUACUGCAUUCAUCUGUACCUCAGACGACAUGCUUCCAUUGAAACCGUUCUGUUAAGGACGUUGGACAUCAUCACAAUUGUCGUGCCUCCAGCAUUACCUGCUGCGAUGACAGCUGGAACUGUCUACUCUCAGAACAGACUCAAGAAAUUGGGAAUUCUCUGCAUAUCUCCUCCAAGGAUCAAUAUCUGUGGGAAAGUCAAACUUGUCUGCUUUGAUAAGACAGGAACCUUAACUGAAGAAGGUUUGGAUCUUUGGGGUAUGUUACCAUCUGAGGAUUCAAAAUUCUGUGUUCAUCCAAUCCGAGAUCCAGCAGUUUUGCCUGUAGAGUCACCCAUCAUAACUGCCAUGGCCACCUGCCAUUCACUUACUCUCAUAGAUGGGGAACUGACUGGUGAUCCACUGGACAUCAAGAUGUUUGAAGCCACGCAAUGGGAACUGGAGGAACCUGGACGAGACACGAGUCGGUAUGAUACUCUAUGUCCAACAGUGGUGAAACCUAAGCCAAGAGUGCUUAAUGCAGCAAAGUUGGAACAAAUUCAGAAUAUAUUUGGCUCACAAGAUGCUCAGCUGCCAUAUGAAAUUGGUAUAGUUCGUCAGUUUCCAUUUAGCUCAGCUGCACAGUGUAUGUCUGUUAUUGCGCGUGCACUGGGGUCAUCCCAUAUGACCCUCUAUACCAAAGGAGCUCCAGAAAAGAUCCAGACUCUAUGUAGAAAAGAAACAGUACCUGGUAACUUCGAUUCUCUUCUAAUGGAAUACACACUAACUGGUUAUCGAGUCAUUGCCCUUGCCUACAAGACUCUGGCUCCCAAGUUCAGCUGGAAACAAGCACAAAGAAUCAACCGAGAUGAGUUGGAGAAAGACUUGGAGUUCCUUGGCCUUCUGAUAAUGCAGAACACUUUGAAGCCAGAAACCACACCUGUUAUCACACAGUUACAGGUGGCCCAGAUCCGUUGUGUUAUGGUAACAGGAGACAACAUCCUUACUGCAGUGAGUGUUGCCCGUGAUUGUGGCAUGAUCCUGCCUUAUGAACAAGUCAUCCAAGUAACAGUUAAAGUUGAUUCACACCUAACAGAUAUUCACUGGGAAGUAGUCGGUGUUCCUCAAGGUUUAUCUCAUGGAAGUUUUAGUUCUGAUUCUGAUCCAAUGUUGCCAAUAAUGCCAAAUACCAAUUGGCAUAUAGCUGUUGAUGGAAAGUCAUGGACAGCCUUAAAGAAUUAUCACCCUGAACUGUUACCUCAGAUCGCCACCAGAGGCACUAUUUUUGCUCGUAUGGCUCCAGACCAAAAGACACAGUUAGUUGAGGUGCUGCAAAGUCUAGAUUAUGUAGUUGCUAUGUGUGGAGAUGGAGCUAAUGAUUGUGGGGCUCUGAAGGCUGCUCACAUUGGAAUCUCACUGUCCGAAGCUGAGGCUUCAGUUGCAGCUCCAUUCACUUCCAGAGUUGCCAACAUAACUUGUGUUCUGAAGCUCAUACAGGAAGGAAGAUGUGCUCUGGUGACAAGCUUUGGAGUCUUCAAGUACAUGGCUCUAUACAGUCUGAUACAGUUUGUUACAGUACUCAUUCUCUACAGAUGUGCAAGCAUUCUUGGAAACACUCAGUUCCUGUACAUAGACCUGGUGAUCACAACAAGCAUAGCUGUGGUGAUGGGGCGAACUGGUCCUGCAUCAAGACUGGUUUCUGAACGACCAAUGGGGAGUUUAAUGUCUGCUAACAACAUUAUACCACUAAUCAUGCAAGUUUUGGUGACAGUAGUGGUUCAAAUAGCAGCUUUGUAUCUCCUAAUGAAGCAGCCCUGGUUUGAGCCCAUCAAGCAAGAAGAUGCAAAAGGAGAGAUAGUGGCAUGCUGGGAGAACACAACACUUUUCUCUGUAAGUUCAUUCCAGUACCUGAUUCUGGCUGCUGUCUACUCGAAAGGAAAGCCGCAUCGCAAACCUUUUUACACAAACUUGCUUUUCCUCUUCACUUUGGUGCUGUUCACUGGAUUCAGCACAGUGCUUCUGGUAUAUCCUGUGGAACCAUUGGCCAAGUUGUUUGAAGUGAUGCCCAUAUCAAAGAAGAACCAGCAUGUUGUUUUCAGACUGUCAUUGCUUGCAUUCCCAGGUGUUCAUCUUUUGGCUGCAUUAUUCAUAGAGACAUGCAUUGCAGAUACCAGAUGGUUGAAAGGAGUUUUGCAGUAUUUGAGAAGAAAGGAUGGCCCAAAGAACAGAUACAAGAGGAUUGACAGAGAUAUGUCAGCCAACAGUUCUUGGCUCUUGGAAGCUAGUUUGUGAAGGCUGCCGUCUUGUUUAACCAGUUGUUUCUUACAUACACACAUUUACAUGCACAUAAUUAUCCCAGAUUCUUCAUCAUUGGCUUUGUUUUUAGUUUUUAUGAUAAUGUCAGUUAAGUAUAGUUUGGGGUAUGAUGUGUACUUUAAUGUGUCAUUGUAAGAAGUGUUAUAUUAUAUCACUUUUAGUGUUCCUGGGCACUAUAUUUUUUUUUUAUAAAGAUUUGCCUUGGAAUUUCCAUUUGUCCAUGUGAAAUGGAGAUAUUUACCUAAAGACAGUUAAAUAAAUUAUUUUAGUUUGGAAGCUCUCUAAUUUACGUACUUCAGUGUCAACUUAUUCUAUAGGAUUCAGCCAAAGCGUCUGAAGCUCAUAUGGUUUAUUCUGUUUUCAAGUGCCCUGUGCAUUGCAAUCUACAAGUAAAAGACAUGAUGAUGGUGGUGAUGUUACCUUUGUAUGUAACUGAUUAUGUGAUUUAUUUAAUGAGAUUAUAAUAUCAUUACUUGUGAUUAUAAUUUUGUGAGAGAGGAUGUUAAACUUAAUGGGCUUGUCCACAAAUGUCUAUAUCAGUGUUUCUCAACUACUGGGCCCUGGCAUUAAUUAUGCCAGGCCCUCUUCUUAUAGAAAAAAGAAUUUACUGGGCUGCAGUCUGACAAAGGUUGAGAACCACUGGUCUACAUAGUGCACAGUUCUGCAUCUGAAUAUUUUAUAAUGAAGUUACACCACAAUUAUCUCGAAUGUGGUUGUUUAACGAUGCUGUCAGUAUGGAGACUGUAUAGCAUUGAACCAGAAUUAUGGUGGACACUCUGCAUCAUGUCUAAAUAUGUCUGAUAUAUAAUGUUAUAUCUUUUGUCCAUGUGCUUGUCUUCAGGUAGAUCUUUUGUCAUUGUUAUUUUUUAAUGUAAAAGCAACAUUUGAACACAACCAAGAACCUUGUAUAUGCUAACUGUUAAAGUAAUUGGGUAUCCUUAAACAGUAAAAUUUCUUUUCUUUCUGCUUAAAUGGCAUAAGGGCCAAAGAAGUAAAGCACUAAGCAUUCUAGACCUCAUUAUUAGGACGGUCAGUUUCAAACUCUGGCUGCUGGGGAAGAAUGUACUGUAUCAUUGGACAGAAGGCUUAAUUGUUCCCAGAGUUACUGUGAAAGUGAUGAAGAAGAAAAAUCCAAAUGUCCACACCAGGUUAUGAACCCUGGUGGUCCAGUAUACAACCAGUCACUUUAUUCACUUCACUGGAGUGAAUGGGACUACAUCUUCUAUUUUCCUGUUAUAAGCAUUCUGCAGUGUUGAGUCCUCUACAUCUGCAGAAGGCACUCUCUAUAGGCCUGGGCUAGUUGAGAGCUGCAUAAGAAAUCUCCAAGUUUCUGUAUUUUUCUAUUGCAAUCAGAAUAUUUGACAGCAGGGAGCCAGAAUAACACAGUCAGUAUCACAGUCUACCCCAUUUCCAGUGCUGUAUUGGAUUCAUUUCACUCCCUAGUAUUGUAACUGGUGAACCUGCAUUCAAUGAAAACGUCCAUAACAUACUAGUUAUUUUUCUCAUAACCAAUCUUUUAUCAUUUUCCCUACUUCAGCCUCUUCUCCAAUUAUCUCAUUCUGGACUUUAUUCUGAAGAGUUUUCUUUACACAUCUCUUAAAAGUCCAUUUCUCUUCGUAAUAAUUUCUUAUGUAUAUUUUUAUUUAUAAUCCAUAGUUCUCCUCUAUAUGUUGUUCCAGAUUUUAUAGUAGAGGAAUAUAUUUAUUUUCUUUGUAACUAUACUUGUAUUGAUCAUAUAAGACUGAAUUUAACAUUAUAGUUGACCACUCAUUUCUGCCUAAUGUUGUGGUUAAGAAUGUCUGGACUUAUGCUUGCACUCUCCCACAUGUCAGUGUGGCAUGAUGCUCAGUGAUGCACAAGAACAAUUUUUAUUAUUUUAGUAAGUUCACCAUAAACAUCCGAGAUAGUCGUAUAUUGACACUUAAUAUUAACAUUACUUUAUAAAACAUGGACUCAACCCUUAUUAAAUUUAAUAUACUGUGGGAGAUGGAAUUUUUCCAUGAUAAAUAUUACAAAUGUGCCUUGAAUACAAAUGUUAUUCUUACUUCCUUUUCUUUAUAUUCCAGACUUCUCACUGUGGCAAGAUCCACAUGAAGACAUGUUCAGUAACCAUGUGAAUAUUAUUGUCAUCAUAUGAUUUACAAGCAUAGAAUUUAACCCAUCAGUGCUGUGGAAUGUGAUCUACAUGCACAACUUAUUAUUUGUGUGUUUUUGGAGAGACAGGUUCCACAUACAUUACAUAUGGCCCAUGCUUUAUGGUGCUCUCCAGCAGCCCUCCUGUAUAUAAUCAUGUGACAUGCUUUAUUUGCUCAUGUACUCUCCAUUUCAGUUUCUUGCUAUGAGUGGGAUGUGUCACCCAGAAAUUCUCGCUACAGCAGUUAACAUCUUUGUAUUGGUUUUGAAGUCCUUAAGGCUGUUAUUAUGAAUGGGUACUUACUCUGUUCUGGAGUGUAAUGCUGUAUAGCCUAGAAGUUCAGCAAUGUUUUGGAGGAACACACUGUCUCCAUCUUCAGGGUUGAAGCGUAACCUAAGCAAAGAGCCACUAGAAGCUAGCAGCAACCCUGGACUACGCUUCAGCCUUAGUAGAGACAGUAAGUCCCUCUGAACUGUCAGUAAACUUCUGUCAGAUUUGAUGGCAUUGUAGCCCAGAGGAUAGUACCAUUCAUCAUGUUUAUAUUUUGUUAAUAGCAAUCAAUGUAAACUCUCCUACCAUUUGUUGUCUUUCAUAUGUAGAUGACCUAGUAUUGAUAUAAAUAAACAGAGAGAAAAGCCUCUUAUCAAACCAAAACUAGCACAGAAAGGUCUGAAAUAUAUCUGUCUCUAUUGAGAGAAAUAGUUGAACAUUUAACAGCUCAAUAAAUGUAUGUGUAAUGUACUCUGUCAUUGGGGUAUGGAUUUACCCUAGUGUUUACAUGUCAGAACAAUUUGUACUUUUGUAAAAUUGCAAACAUGCUUUCUUAAGAAGCAUAAACUAUGAAGAAAGCAGCUUUCUUCAUAGUCACCGCCGUGAAAGCCUCAAGUCUUACAAAGCAUAAACUACUUUUGGGGGGUGUUUUACAUUAAGUAAUAUUUGUGUAAGUUGAGUCUUGUAUAGACCAGGAAGGAUUCUUUUUAUACUCAUUAUUCUGUUAGAUAAUGGAUAGUAUUCCAUUCCAUGGACACUUUGAAACCUUUAUCCUUUUGAUUUUAAUUUCCCCUUCAUUUCAAGUACAUUGCUCAUUCCAUUGUUUCAGAUUUUUCCCUUUCUUGCUUUUCCAAUUGUAGUAUGUGUCUUAACAUUUUAUCAUAUUUAUUUUAGUUUGAUUCAGUAUUGCCUUUAUUCCAACUCAUUUAUUUGUUUGUGAUUAUCUCUUCUCGCUUUCCUUUCGGUGUCAUAACUAAUGAUGCGUGAUCUUGGUUUUCUUCUGUGCCAUAUUCCUGUUGAUGAAUAUGUCUUGAGUUAUUUCAUCUUAUUUAUUUUAUUGUUAUUUAAUAUUCCUUUAAUGACAUGCCAUUAAGGCAGUGACCAGUCCUUGCAUGUGGCCUUGUGAAGUCAUCAUUUUAUGCUGUAUUUAUAAAUCAGAUGAUUUUGUCCAAAGUACCAGUUGUUCAGGCCAGGGGGUUAACAAUUGGACUGAUGAAUUAAUAUAGAUUUUAAAAACUCCUACAUGCCCAUUAUUCUGCCUACAUGUUAUUAUUAGCUUGUAUUUCAUAGCUGAGUACUUUCAUUUAAAUGAGUAGUUCUAAUAAGAUUUUCUUAUAGUUAUGAAUAUUUUGUUGAUGGUCAUUGUGUUGUUAUUUGGUAGUUUGAUUUGAGUGACAGUUUAUUUCUUAUUCCAGCAUGCAGGAAGAAUAAAUAACCUUUCAGUUCUUAUCCUUGAUUAUUAUGAAUCUUCAUAAUUUAAGGACUGUUCUGUACAAAUUUUAUUAUGUAUGAUUUCUGUAUUUAUUUGGAGGAACAAGUAAUAGGUCUCAAUUUGUUUAUUCCACAUUUAUUUUGUAAAGAAUUGUGUGGAGGUCAGAAAUGUAGAAGCCAGUAUAAACCCAAAAUAUAAGUGUGUAAAUUAGCAGAUAGCAGUUGUAUAGAAAUAGAGUCAAAUAAAUAAGCAGAUAUGGAUGUUCGAGGUGAUGCUGAUGAUGUGAUAUCUUUCAAUCUAGUCAUGGUCCAAAGCUUCAGAAACGAGAGUGUUUGGAUCUGGUUUAGUGAGAAUGGGGAAAUUCUUCGUUUCCAAUACAUCUUACAUUAUGUUAGCUGAGUGUAUGAUAAUAAUAAUGUUUUAGAUAUUAUAUAUUUAUGUUGUACCGGAAUUAUGCUUAUUAUUUAUUUUAAAGCCACUUUGUUCGAAAUGUGCUCUGUAAUUAUUCCUAAUAAAUGGCAGAUGGUCUUGUCCAUCACAAGCAGCAUUA